AGCAGAGGGAGGAGGAAGAGCUGCGCAGAUCUCUGAGUCGUUCUUCAGGACUUGCUUGAGUUCAAGGGUGGGGAGCCAGAGAAACUCACAGGGACCCCAGCCUGACCGCGAGUCCUUCCGACCCCGUUUCAGUGUUUCGAGAACAUUGGAUAAAGAAAAGAACUAGCAAGAACGUGAGACUCAAAAUACAAGAAAAAAAGUUUAGCCAUGGAAUCUUUCUCUGCUGAGACCAAUUCCACUGAAUUACCCUCGCAGACACUGGAUGACCCCCACCUCAUUCUCUCUAUGGUCAUUCUCGGCCUUACUUUUUUGUUAGGGCUGCCAGGCAAUGGGCUGGUGUUAUGGGUGGCUGGCCUCAAGAUGCGGCGCACGGUGACCACACUCUGGUUCCUCCAUCUCACUGUGGCGGACUUCCUCUGCUGCCUCUCCUUGCCCUUCUCCCUGGUUCACUUAAUUCUCCAGGGAUACUGGCCCUAUGGCUGGUUCCUUUGCAAGCUCAUCCCCUCCGUCAUCGUACUCAAUAUGUUUGCCAGCGUCUUCCUGCUCACGGCCAUCAGUGUAGACCGCUGCCUCGUGGUGUUCAAGCCAGUCUGGUGCCAGAAUCAUCGCAAUGCCAAGACAGCUGACAUUGUCUGUGGGUGCAUCUGGGUGAUGGCCCUUAUCAUGUGCAUACCCGUGUUCAUAUACCGGGAAACAGACACCUUCAAGGGCCAUUGUCGUUGUGGUUACAAUUUUGGUCCGUCCAGCUCAUAUGAUUAUUCAGGCUUUCCCUUUCUUGAUCCAUAUCUACUGGGAAACAUGUCUCUUCACAACUUCAGUUUUCAGCUGCCUGAAGAAAUGAAUAAUGUGUUUGAUCCUUCCUCUUUCCAAACAAAUAAUCAGCUUUGGACCACAGACCUCCAUUCUCAAGCACCUCAAAGACCUUCUGGAGACUCGCUCCAAAAUUCACCCAGUCAACCUCCGCAGGACACUUUAUUUAAGCCUACCAGCGUGGUUCCACCAACAUCCCCCAGUGGGCUCCCCAUGGAAGAGCACAGAAUGAAUGUGCUGGGUCACUCUGGUGCUUUUCUGGCUACUGACUCAGAACUUCUUCCCAGCACUUCCAGCAAUUCUUUAUACACAUCUGAAUUAUCACAAUAUUUCCAGUAUAGCUAUUUAGAUGAAUUCACCUACACCCAACCCACGCUAACACCCCUGUUUGCAAUAACCCUCACAAGGUUGGUGGUGGGUUUCCUCCUGCCCCUGGUCAUUAUGGUGAUCUGUUAUGGUCUCAUUGUCUUCAGAAUGAGGCAGAGUCGCCGCUUUGCCAAUUCAGGAAGCAAGACGGUCCGAGUGGCUUUGGUGGUGGUGACAGUCUUUCUUGUCUGCUGGGCUCCGUAUCACGUGGUUGGAGUCCUGUCACUGUUUGCUCAUUCAGCUCCCUUUAUGACAGCUUUGGCAUCCUGGGACCAUUUAUCCACUGCUUUAGCAUCUGCCAAUAGUUGUUUCAAUCCCUUCCUUUACGCCCUAUUGGGGAAAGAUUUUAGGAAGAAAGCCAGGCAGUCUCUGCAGGGCAUUCUGGAAGCAGCCUUCAGUGAGGAACUCACACCCUCUACCAACUGUACCCAGAGCAAUGUCAUGUCCGAAAGAAACAGUGUCAGCACCACCGUCUGAAAACACAGGACAGGCAGCCUCUGCCGGGGUUCCAACUAGCGUGGGGUUCUGGAAGGAUGAGGGCUGUGGUCAAUAGAAGAAUCCAGAAACCUUCCAACAGUCAACGUGCUGUUUCUCCAAGGAUGAACCCAGACCAUGGCCCUCAGCGUCAUCCAGAACGUGUUAGAGACACAGCUUCUCCAGCCUGACCCCAGACCUGUGCAAUCAUCCUCUCUGGAGAACGGGGCCUGAUAGGCCUAACAGGCUGUGUGUUUCUGGUCAACACAUCAUCUGAGCAUCACACAUUAAUCUAUUGCUACCUUAAACUAAGCCACAGAAUACUGCAAAUCUAAUCUGCGGGAGCUUUCCAUCAUUACAGUUUUCCUUCGUAUCACCAAACUUCCCUUUCAGAUUCCAUUUAAAACAGCA